UUAACAGCUUUAUUUAAACUUCACAUUUUUGUAACGUUUUACGCUUUAGCCUAUGUGAGUCAAAAUCUUAAUAAAAAGUAUAUUCAACAAAAGAAAGGUAGUCGACUCAUUGUCUUAUGAUUAUAAACUUGGUUAUCUAUAAAAUCUUACACACAGACAAUCAGAAAACUAGUUAUAGCGACAAGACAAGAGUGGUAAAGACUCACAAUUGCAAAAGCAAAAUUUGCUCUUACCUAAAAAGUGCAACAGUGUAUAUCGGAACGCAGCUAUUGUACAAGUUUCUUGAUAUGAUAGUGCCACAGAUAUCUAUAAUAUAUACAAGAAAUGUGCAAAUUGUUUUGUUUUAAAUACCGGUACGAUAUCAGAAGUAACCUUUAAACUUUCAUUCGUAAUCAGAACUGCAAGUUUACUGUUUAGUUUAAAGCAGUCGAAUACGUUAUAAGUUGAUAUAAAGUAUUGUAUUUAUAUCAUAAAAUUUUGAUAUACUCUAACAGUGUGCUAUAUUUAUUUCAACAUGUUUACACAAAGAUUUAUAACUUAUGGUUUAAGAACGGACUCAUAUACAAAAUUGGUGAAAGCACUUUACAGUAAAUCCAUACAGCAUGAAGUUAAGGAAAUAGAAAUUUCAGUGCCUUGGGGCAAGGUGGCUGGCAAGUUAUGGGGAUCUCAAGAUAAACAACCUAUCCUUGCUGUGCACGGCUGGCAAGAUAAUGCUGCAUCAUUUGAUAAUAUAGCACCCCUUAUUAUGAAACAUACACCAGUUCUAGCAAUUGACUUACCCGGACACGGACUAUCUUCAUGGAUACCACCAGGAUUUAUGUACAACGAAUUGAUUUACAUCUUGUUAAUUAAAAGAAUUAAAAACCAUUUUGGAUGGGAAAAAGUAAAAAUGCUGGGACAUUCCUUGAAUGCUAUGAUGGUGCAUUGGUAUGGCGCGUGUUUCCCAAAAGACAUGCAAUACAUUAUAGCCUUAGACAUAUUUAAAUUUGCAUCUAUGGAUCCAAUUGCGCAUAUAACUAUGUUUGCAAAUACACUUGAGGCAUUUUUAAAAGUAGAGCAAAAUACCGUUCAACCUAGUUAUAAGACGCAAAGUGAGAUUAUAAAGAAGGCAAAGGAAUCGGGCUUCCCAGUUUUGGAUGAUUUAUCAUAUAUAAUACUUAUGACUAGAGGUACCACGCGUAAAGAAGAUGGAACGUAUGUUAUCAACAGGGAUCCGAGAUUGAGAGUUACACCCAUGAACAUGUUUUCGCAAGAUCAACUGGAAGCAUAUGCAAAUCUCUUUAAGUGCCCAUAUUUAAUAAUACAAGGAGAUAAGAACUUUUAUCCUGAGGAAAAAGAAAAUUUUUAUAGAGCACUAGAAAUACUGCAUGCUGCUAAUGAUAAAGUACAAUUUGAGACUAUAUCAGCAACACAUCAUCUUCAUCUCACGCAUGUGGAAAGUACAACAGCGAUUAUUAUUCCUUUUUUAGAAAAGUAUGAUUGAUUAUUAGUCUGAAUAGUAUAAUAUGUUGUGAAAUUAAUUCACUCUCUUGUAACGUGACAGAUUUCCAAGUGUUUUUACAAUAAAAUAAUAUGUUCUGUGCAAGAACAUAUAAAAUUGCAAGAUGGUUAUAAAACCAAAUAUUUGUAAAUAAAUUUGUUUUUACCUUCCUGUUUUUCUUAAAUUUAAACUAUCAUCAUAUACAAUUGAAAAUCAAGCCUCUACAUCAGACUAUGCAUUAAAGAUUGAAAUUAAAAUUUUACCAAUGAGGAAAUAAAAAUUU